AGAACAUCCGUUCUUCUCCGCAUCAUUCCAGGCAUCACAUCACGUUGUCCGAGUGAGCUGAGACCGUCAUUGUCACCUUUCAUCUCGCCGCACCGCACCGCUCGCUCGCUCGCUUAACUCACCACCCCUGACGCACCUUUCCUCCCCACCAUCCACCCACGCACGGAGGAGCUCACCACGACAGCCAGCCGCAAUGACGACCACCGCGCUCCCCACCACCAUUACCGAAAACGAGCUCACCUCGCUCCUCGCGCGGCUCUCCUCGAAGCCAUCCGUCGACUCGCUGCUCGUUCUGGCGCGGGACACGGGCGCGAUAAUCCGGUCGACCGGCCCCCUCUCGCGCAGCACCAACACGACGAGCCAGGAGUAUGCCGCCGCGGUGUACAAGUACGUGCAGGCGUCCGAGGAGCUCGCGGGGACGCUGGAGGGGAUCGACGGCGGCGUGAUGGGCGGUGUUGUGGUCGAGAAGGAGAGGCGCGAGCCGGGGACGGAGGAGGAAACUGUGAGGGAUGAUGUGCGGCUCUUGAGGUUUAGGACCAGGAGGAGGGAGCUGGUCGUUGUGCCUGAUGCGAGGUUCAUUCUGGUUGUGUUCAUUGAUACGCCUGCGGCGCCUUAGACGGUGCACGCGGCCAGGGCAGAUGAUGAUAGAUUCACGG